AUGGGGCCCCGGUCCCACACCAAAACCCAGUUUCUUGAAGCACAUGGCGGUGUAUCCGUAGGGUCGGAUUCACAAUUUCCCGUCCCUAUUAACCACGACUUGGCCCACUUUCAGUCCUCUUACUUAACUUAUGAUCAGGCUCCAUUUGCGGCUAACGAUGACCACUUCCACCAUACGCUUAGUGGCUUCUUCGACACCCUUUCGAAAACCGGCUCCCUGAGCAAGGCCAACAAAAACCUCUUCCUGAAGACCUUAAAACUUACCAAGAAAGGGAUAAAGAAAGGCGCUGCGCUGCUGAAGGCGGCCUUGUUUAAGGGCAAACUCUUGGCAAAGGCAAAGACUAAACUCGCUAAAUUUGGAGCCAAGUUCAAGAAAGAUGAAGAAGAUAAAGAAUCCGAAAUUAAGACGCAGGCCCUCCCUACAGUGGCUCUGCAUUUCGUACCUUCACAGCCCGUGCAGAUUUUGCCGGUGGAGCAUUUCGUUGAGAAGCAAGUUGCGCCCGCCCCACCUGUGCUAAAGGACCCACCACUAGUGUACGGCCCACCUCCUCAGACGCCUCGCUACACCUAUGGCCCACCUGAGGAUACCAAGCCACUCUACGUACAACAAUCCUCCAAUAAAAAGGAUAUAUCUGGACCCGUCUCGACCAUCACCGGUACCCUCCCUUCUAGUGCCCAAACGUCAGUCUUCAGUUGGUUGAACCCCUUCAGUUGGUUUUCUGGGUCACCCUUUGACACAGAUGAGGAAAUCUACGACUAUGACCAUGUUGACGUUCACGAUCGUCGCUUCAAAAGAUCUGUUGAACAUUCACACGUUGAAUCCUCUUCCUCACAUGUUGAUAAAAAAGAUUCCGCUGCUGAAGAGUUCAUCACCCAUCAGCAGGAAGUCUACAGGUCGCGGCUGGCGGAAGGUCCUAUGGCCGAUGCUGAUGGCGAGCCGAUCUUUGGAGUCUUUGGAGGAGGUCCUGUUGAUGGUUUCAUUCCUGAUGGACCGCCUCCUCCAUAUGGAAGUAAUCAUUGGGCGCACCACGCUGGACCUGUGGAUAGUGUGGCCACAGAAAAAUGGGACGACGCGGAGGAAGGAAACGAAACGAACGCUGAUGGAUUAACUCCUACGGAGGACAGAAUUUACAAUCUAGUUUAGUAGUCCGCCUGGUUGUCGAUGUAGGAAGCUGCUCCUCAAUGUUACGAGAUGCCCGCCAAUGUAGAAAUUGGUGCGCUUUUUUAGAUAGGUCUGAAAGAUUAGAUUGGUCGGAAGGAUUUUAGAUCAGGCUGGAAGUUUUUAACUACCAAACAUCCACAGCCUAAGCUCAAUUAUUUAAGAGAUGAGGAAAUUCCAUCCUCGUUUAAACGUAAAUUUUUCAUGCGUUCAACGAAAAUUCCAAUUUUAAUUGAAAAUAUAUAUUUGUUUCAGGACUUUUAACUGUGACUUGCAUAUCGUUUGAGCUGCGCUGCUGUACAAUGACUCUAUGAACCUUGCAAAUAAUUAUUCUUGCGGCAGUAUCUCAAGUUUUAACCUUACACGGUUAGGAUUACGUCUGAAGUAGGAAUCUAACAAGUCAGGAACCUGGAUUAUUCAGAAACCUGUUGGCUGUACUAGUGGAGGGUUCGGCUAACUUGUAACUGUUAGUUGAAACUAACUAGCUUGUCAGUAUUCGCCUCACGGUAGUUCGUGCUUCUGGAGCUACAUUGAAGUUUCUGAUUGAGUAAGGUAUUUUAAAUGUGUCAAUUUUGUACUUGCAUUGCCAAAUUGCCUUCUAUACUUGAAUGUACAGUUAAAUAAAUAUUAUCAUGAA